AACACGGACUACAGGCCCGGUAUCUGGCGCAGGACGGAUGUGCACUUGGAGAAUCCAGAAUACCACACCAGAUGGUAUUUCAAAUACUUCCUAGGAAAAGUGCAUCAAAACUAUGUCGGCACAGAUGCCGAGAAGAAUCCUUUCUACCUGUCCGUUGUCCUCUCCGACCAAAACAACCAGCGGGUGCCACAGUACCGCGCCAUUCUCUGGAGGAAAACGGGAACCCUGAAAAUAUGCCUUCCUUACAGCCCAACAAAAACACUAUCUGUCAAGUCCAUUUUAAGUGCCAUGAACCUUGACAGGUUUGAACGGGGCCCCAGGGAAAUUCUCAGUCCAGAGAUUCAAAAGGACCUGCUAGUGUUAGAGGAGCAAGAGGGUUCAGUAAACUUCAAGUUUGGAGUUCUUUAUGCCAAAGACGGGCAGCUCACAGAUGAUGAAAUGUUCAGUAAUGAAACUGGAAGCGAAAGCUUUGACAAGUUUUUAAACCUACUUGGGGACUCAAUUCCAUUAAGAGGCUGGGCAGGCUAUAGGGGAGGACUCGACACCAAAAACGACACUACAGGAAUUAACUCUAUAUAUACAGUAUACCAAGGGCACGAGCUCAUGUUUCACGUGUCUACCAUGCUGCCCUACUCGAAAGAAAACAAGCAGCAGGUGGAGAGGAAGCGUCACAUUGGAAAUGACAUUGUUACCAUAGUGUUCCAAGAAGGAGAUGACACAUCCCCAUCAUUUAAACCAUCCAUGAUCCGAUCCCAUUUCACACAUAUUUUUGCCUUAGUUAGAUAUAACAUUCAGAAUGACAGUUACAGGUUGAAGAUAUUUUCUGAAGAAAGUGUCCCUUUGUUUGGACCUCCUCUCCCCUCUCCACCGGUGUUUACAGAUCAUCAGGAAUUCAGGGACUUUGUUUUAGUAAAAUUAAUUAAUGGUGAGAAGGCGACCCUGGAGACACCCACGUUUGCUCAGAAACGGCAGCGAACCCUAGACAUGCUCAUCCGGUCUCUCUACCAGGAUCUCAUGCCUGACCUACACAAGAACAUGUUAAACAGGAGGUCGUUCAGCGACGUGCUGCCAGAAUCGCCCAAAUCUGCACGGAAGAAAGAAGAGGCUCGCCAGGCCGAGUUUGUCAGGAUAGGACAAGCUCUGAAAUUGAAGACCAUUGUUAGAGGUGAUGCUCCCACCAGUUUGGCCACUACAGGCCUGUGCAGAAAAGAGCCAUGGGAAUCCCAGUCUUUCUGCAGUAGCUUUCCUUAUGAGAUAGUCUGCAGCGACUCCUGGGGCCAGUCCUUACUAAGUGCUACAGAUGCUGGAGUAUUACUGCUAGACGGCCUGGACCCCUCCAUUUUAACAACUGAGGGCCAGGCUCCUCCUGUACAAGUAUUUGACAAAACAAUGGCUGUAAAGCAGAUGCACGUUCUUGAAGCUCAGGACCUUUUAAUCACACGGACGGACAAAGGUAAGAAAACCAUUAUUUCCUCGUACAGGGCAUUGACCUGAACUGUUUCGCAACUUGUGUGCUGCAGUAGGGUUCUACUGUUGGAGACAUAUGUUUGUUAUGUGUUCAGUCACUGUACGCAUCACUACUAUCUUGCCUUUAGCUUGCUAGGUAAAGAAGUAUUUCUUGUUUGUUUGUUUGCAGCGAUCGCACAAAGCCACACGACUGUUCCGAGAUAUAUACAAUUGAAAUGUCUUCCCUUGAACACCGAUUGGUAUUGCAAUGGGAACAGAGUUGCACGAUGCAGGUUUUUUCCAAACAGUUUGCAUACUAAAUUGCACAGGAUUCUUGCAUCAGAUGAUAUUUUAUACUUGACAGAUCAGACCAUGUAUUUAGUAAAGUUUGUUUAAGGUUCAGGUUAGAAAUGCUAAGAGAAACUUGAAUUUUUGUAUUGCUGCAUUCAGCACUAUUGAGUGUGUGAUUAGGUAUGGAUGAUGCAGCUAAGGUUCAUGUUAUAAAUCUGGUUAAUUUUAAAAUUUUAAGGACUCCAAUUAGUGUUGCUUGUGAGGUUCAGAUCCUUUGCAUCUCCACUAGUUUAUUUGCAGAGUUCCUAAUAAAGUGCAUCGCUUCACCGACAGCGUUCCGGAGGGAAUCACGAACGUAGUUUUCUGUUCCGAGGAUCUGGCGAGUAGGUUUUUUUAUUAGUACAAAUAUACUUCAAAGUGCACAUCAGAAUGAUUUAAACAAGCAUUCUCCACCAUCAAUUAUAACUAAUUACCCAGAAGCUGCAUUUUGCAUCUUGUUAUGCUGAUAUCAGGAAGAGAGGGAGUAAUUUGUUUCAUCUUCAUGUCAGCUUCAUGUAUUAUUUAUGCACAAGGUAAAUUCCUGCUUUUGUGUGGAAUGAGCAAUAGUUUAUCGGUAUUCAUUGUUCGAUCAAAGAGCCAUUAGAUAGAAUAAUAUCAUGGCCCAUAUUUAGUAUCUUGACAUUUUUAUUAAAUGAGUACAGAGACGGAAACUUUGACUAAUUUGUGUUUUCUGAAUGUUUUUGAUCAAACUCAAAAGCAUGUCAUGCAGUGCUUCAGUGAUUCUUUUUAUAAAGCUGUCCUGCCCUUUGGUAUUUAAAAUGGUUCAUUUCUUUCCGUUUGUAGUCUCGAAAGAUAUUUAAUUGGUUGAUCCACUGCAUUAGGUAAGAUUUUGAUCUGUUAUUUUUUUGUUAGGAGCAUGCCUUACGUUUCCAAAAGUACAAUAUUUCCCCAUUUAACAAUGGAGUUUUUUUCUAGGGCUUUAUUGCCACUGUGAUUCUUACUUUAGUUUAUAUUUCAUGUUUUGACCUCUUCUCAUGCUGAAGUAAGUCUUGCUUCCACUCUCUUGCUUCCUGCUGUCCUAGUAACACUUCCUCGUGCUUCUGUUGCCAUGGGAACCAUUCAUAAGUGAGGAGAAACUCAGAGGGGAUGGAACAAGAUCUGCCUUGAAUGUCACAUCUUGUAGAAAGAGAUUGGAUCACAAUGAAAUAGCCAAAUUUAACAUGACAGAGAUAUAAAAUAAAAAUACAAAACAUUGUUUCUGAAAAAUAAGAGCUUCAAAAAGGUGACUAGACAGAAUAAAUAUGAAUAAAAUCCAAUUUGCCUUCUACUUUCUCUUCAAUGUCAGCAGCGUUCUGCGGAUCUGUUUGAUGGUUAUUUAAGAUUACAAACCUGCGAUGAAUCUUUCUACGCCCAACGCGGUUUUGCAACUCCUUGCUGUUUUUCAUCGUCCCUGUCGAUGUUGUGUUUUUUCAUUGAUCCACAAUGACAGUAAAUGUACAGAUGUUUUAGCAAUUCUCUCUUUUGAAUUAGCUAAUUGGAACUGAGCUGUACAGACAUGUCAGCCUUUGAUAAUCCCUGUGUACCGUGAUCCCCAGUGGGCUGAUUAAUGUAGCCCAGUGGGACCAUGAUGAACAAUAAUUAACAAUACAUUUGCUACCAGAAUAUGACAAAAUAUCAGGCCGUCAAAAAGAACAAGAAGAAAUUGAACAAUACGGUUAUAAUUAGGAGUUUCUAAUUAUAGGUUUUAACAAACAAGCACUCAUGAAACAAACCAGAUAAAGAGAAAGAAGGGAAGACCACAGGGCACCAGUGGCGAUUUUUGCGCUUACUAGACGCAGGUGCGUUUGGGUAGGUAGCUUCCAGACUCUGGCACUUACAUGGUAGCUCAAAGAAUUAAACAACGUUUAUCAACCAUGCCUCCUGAUUCAUCGUUAUAGUCUUGGUUGUUUUAAAUGAAUUAUUUCAGGUUAUUGAUGGUAUAAUGUGCACAUCCAUCAAUGCAAAUAGCACAAUACUCCUUGUCAUCUCGCCACCCUGGCUCAGUUUGUGACAAAGUGACAUCACUGUCACCCAGUCGACGGUUCCUGGAGACAGAACGUCCGCUAUCCCCAUGGCGGCAAGAUGAUUAUGCCUACAGGUAAUAAGGGCAGAACUGCAGAAGCAUACAGGCUUUUUAAGCAGUCCCUUGGGAACCAUCACUAAAGCCUGUCUUCAAGGCUGGAAUGUGACAACAAUAAUUAAAAUUCAAGGGACAGCCUGCUUGCCGGAGGGAAAAAAAAGCAUCAUUAUCCCCUGAAAUGAAAUGGAUAAUAGUGAAGAAGCAUUGUUUGUUGAAUAGGAAUUUAACAAGCUCAUAAAAAAGAAAAGGUGGUGGGGGUGGGAUGGGAGGGGGUUAUCUAUUGGCAACUGCUUAUUUACGUUCUAAAACAAGCGUUAUUGUUGUAGGAAUUACCCAAAGCCCAAAAGUGGAAUUGGUAGCUAUAGAGAUUGCUAAUCUACUGCCUCUGCUCUGAAAGCAUAUGAUAAAUUGACUGCCAGGAGUUUAUCUCAAUAACCAGCCAGUAAUGCAGUAGCAUUUUGUUUGGGGUUCAGGCUGAUGUUAUGUGCUUACUGCAGCAUCCAAUAAGAAAAAAAAAGAAAAAUCAAAGCUAUAUAGGCUCUAGGUCCCAGGCCCCCUGCAGGCUCUCACAAGUCAUUUCCUUGAUAAAAAAAAAAAAAAAAAAAAAAAAAAAAACCUUUAUUUUUUCUUUCAGAAAAAGAAUGUCUUUUGCACAAGGAAUAAUAAUUCUGCAAUAACUCUAUUUAUUUUGCAUGAACAAACAUUGAAAGGCAUUCAUGUAGAACAGCAAUGCGCAUGCCAGCACAUUAAUGCUUCACGAAUAUGGCUUUAAUGUUGCAGAUCUUAAAAAACAACAAUACACCUUACUGUGGAUGCGCUCCUAUAUAACCCCCCCCUAUUGGUUUCCUAUUAAAGAUAGCAGGGGCCAAUGGUGCUACAGUGUGUGCCUUGAUGGGCUGAAUGGCCUCUUCAUAUUCCCAGACAUUUCUUAUAAAUGUAAAUGUUACAAACACAUGUACUGAUUCCAAUUAGAUUAAAAAAAAAUUGUGCAAACUUUUUACUGGGGUUGUAAAUUGAAAUGCUACAGCUGGGUUUGUAGAGGCAGUGAAUGAAGUGUCUCGCGAGCAUUGCAUCUUGAAUUCUGCACACGAAUAACUGCUGCCUCAGGAAACACAAAACGCUUUGUAAAUGGUGCCUGGUUUGCAUUGAAAUAAAAGCAACAAACAGCUUGAGCGAUAGAGGGAUUAAAACAGAUUCUUGUAACAUACCGGAUAUGCAGUCGAGUGUGAAGAAAAUGGCAGUGGGAGCUUUUCUUCUGUUUAGAUACUGCGGGACGGUCAUGCUGUAUAUAGGCAGCACAUCUGAUUAAACUGCUAGACACUGACCUUUUGAUUUCAUAGGCUCAGCCUGGCUUUGAUUACAGUGACAGACUCGGAUAAAACUGCCUAAUCUUUUUUUGAUUUGACAGCUGUUGUAGGCACUCAUAGCCUAGAUCCGCAUGUGUUCAAUUUAAAUAUCAGUUUGUUUGUUUUUUAAAUUAACACUAAUAAGCAAGAUUUUCUUGCUGUUUCAGUAAAACGUAUAGUCUAAAGAAGAUUUCAGUUUUCCCAAAUUCUACCUUGUAUGAAUUCUGACAAUGAGGGUUCUAGCGCUUAUUUAAAAAAAAAAAAAAAAAAAACAUGACAGACAAGAUUUAUUACAACAAAGCAAAAGUUAAAGAAACAGAGCUCUCAUACCAAACAUGCCCAUUUCUUUUUUGACACCACAACCUGUGCGAUUAUCUUUCUUGUUUUACCAACAGGAUGAAACCAGGAUGCCACCUCUGUUGUUUCUAAAAGAUGUUUAAAACCAAACCCUUUUUUUAUUUCUUCUACGAUAUUUGUGAGAGCUGGGAUGGGUCGCCCUGCUGCUCUUAGGGGAAUGCAUUAAAUAUAAAAGCUUUGAAAUGUACAAUCUACAGCUUGUAGCUGUUUGAAAGGUAAAUAUUAUGGAAAGACACACAGGGUAAUAGGCGCUAAUUGGUGCCUCAGUGUCCUAAGUGAGAUUGCUGGAGCAGAUAAUUGCUUACGUUGCACUUGUGCAGAGAAUGUUUGAUUGCAAAAGGACCAAUUUAAAGCUAUUUUUAUUUUAUACUGACAAAUAUAAUAGCAAGAUCUGGUUGGGCAUUGCCGGAGGUGUGUGUGUUUCUUUUUUUAGUUAUGUCUACAUCAUAAGAUUUGCAAUAGAAAUUGCAUCCCAAACCCAGGCUAUAAUAUCUUAGGUACAGUUGAAAUACUAUUAGAGAUAUUUUACUCUCUGCAUUUCCAGCAGACCAUUGAGUCUCUGGUAUCCGUCUUCCAGAAGAAUAUGGUUGUGAUCCAUAAAGGAGGCCAGAAGCUUUGCCUUAUUAAAGCUUAUUGUGCUACACGAAGAAGCCCAUCGUUCUGCUAACCACGCUGGGAAUGUUCUGUUGAAAGAUAACUGAACUCGACAGUCUGGUCUCAAAGCAUAGCUCGCAAAAACACUGUGCAUAUGUUUAAAUUGCAUUUCCAAAUGCCGACAUGAAUUCAGAGUCACAAACCAUGUAAUUACAUAGUCCCAGUUUGAAACUAAUUAUGGAAGUACAUGCAUCUUUUAAAUGCAGAAGCAAACCCCCCCCAUCCCCCCCAAAAGGGAAGAUUUAAUUAUUGAAGGUGCCUGCUUAUCAAAAUGAAAAAGGAGCUCCCAAAGAAAUCCCACCCCAGUCCAGUGUGGCAUUGCA